UAAAAGCCAAAACCCCUCUCUAUUCAAGUCAUCAAGUGUAGCAGUGAAAUUGUUGAAGCGAACAAUUGAACAUGAGAUGGCUGCCUCCAUUUCCAAAACCUUGACCAGAAACAUUCGCCUCAGCCCCACCACUACGUCAACCCCUUCAAUACAUCGUUUUUUCACCACUUCUACUGCAUCUGCAUCUGCUCUUUCCGCCAUUGAUGAUCCCACUCUUCCUCAACCUCAACAACAAGGAAAGCAAGGGAGAGGAAUAUGGUCGAAGAUGUUUCUCUUUCUUCCUGGGGCAAUUACUUUUGGUCUCGGCACCUGGCAGAUUGUCCGACGACAAGACAAGAUCAAAACAUUGGACUACAGAAGAGAGAGGUUGACAAUGGAGCCAGUUGAGUUUAAUGUCAUAGCUUCUGGUGAAAAUUCAACUACUUUGGAGUUUCGGAGGGUGGUCUGUAGAGGAGCUUUUGAUGAAAAGAAGUCAAUAUUUGUGGGUCCACGAUCCAGAAGUAUAUCAGGCAUUACAGAAAAUGGAUACUACCUUAUAACACCUCUUGUGCCUAUUUCUGGCAGUCUUAAUAGCAUUCAGUCCCCAGUUUUAGUGAAUAGAGGAUGGGUCCCACGUUCUUGGAGGGACAAAGCACUGGAAUCUUCUCAAGAUCUUGGGGAAGAUAAAAAUAUACCCAACUCUGCUUCAUUGUCUGAUGAAAAUCGUUCUUUCUGGAGAUUUUGGUCUAAAAAGCCUCAAACAGCUGAGGAUCCAGCUCCGUCUGAUACUCCUGUGGAAGUAGUUGGUGUGAUUCGUGGGAGUGAGAAUCCAAGCAUUUUUGUUCCAGGAAAUGAUCCUACGUCUGGUCAGUGGUUUUUUGUUGACGUUCCUGCUAUUGCCAAUGCAUCAGGCCUUCAACAGAAUGCAGUCUACAUUGAGGACAUUAAUGAAAAUGUUAGCCCAAUCAAUCCAUAUCCGGUUCCAAAAGAUGCAAGUACCUUGAUUCGUAGCUCAGUCAUGCCGCAAGACCAUCUAAAUUACACAUUCACAUGGUAUUCACUGUCAGCUGCUGUGACGUACAUGGCUUACAAAAGAUUAAAGCCGAGAAAAGUACGGAGAUAGUAUCUAAUUAUGUAGGUCAUUCCUGGGGAUUUCCUUUUUCUCUGGAGUGUGUUGAAGAGUACUGCUGUCAUACCAAUUUUUGACGAUUUUGCCUUAUUUUGCUGUUGUGGUCAAAGUUUCCGGUACAUACAACAAGCAGGUGACAGUAUUAAGUUUCCAAACAAAACUUUAAGAAUAUAAAUCUUGCUAGAUAUUGUAGAAUUCACACAUUAGAAUGCAAAGGUUUUUUUUAUUUUUUUUUUAUUUUUAAUCAUAGAAGAAAAAUCCUCUUACCCCGCAUCUUGCGGGAGCCUCUUUGAGGCAAUGGGGUAAUGAUAAUGAUGAAUGAAGAAGAACAAUGGUGUACAAGCGGACCGAACCAUCAGGCUUUGUUGGGGUAAAGAUGAUGGUCCUCAUUGAUUAUCCCUUGAAUUAUUGAUGGAACUAGGGUGAUCAUCCAAUAAAGGAAACGAUUUGCUUUCGUCCCGAUGUAACUUGGAAUCUGGCUUUUGCUUCUCAAUAUAAAUUUCCUAUAAAAAUAUCAUAA